AUGCAGCGUAUUAUUAAUUACCCAAAAAAUUCUAGGGUGGUAGUUUCUGCUCCCAAAGGACCAGGUCAACACAAUUUUGCCUUUGACGAUAUUGGAAAGACCUGCUCACUUUGUGGAAAAGAUUUCGAUCGCGUAUGGAAUCUACGACGCCACCUUACCAAAUAUCAUAAGUUAGCAACUCAUAUUGCUAACGAUAUUAGCCCUCAAUAUGCCAAUAGAAACCUAGCGUCACAAAGACAGACCACAAACACUGCCGAGCUGACCACCCCUGAUCACAAUGACGAUUCCGUUAAUGAAGACCUACAUGUUGAAUCUGAUUUGGAGGAUGACGAUAGCAGCGAUGUUGAUGACAUGAACAGCAAUGACAAUGAUAAUGUUAGCAAGAUUGAACUCGAUGCCAGUGAAAGUAUUAUCGAGAUGGAUGAGGACACCAGCCCCUUUGAAAGUCCAAGUCCAGGCAACCACCUAUACAUGCAUAUAAGAAAUAGUAUGUUGUCUUCUGCAUCCAAUACCAGCUCAUUGUUGAAUGCAGAUCUCGAUUUACUGAGAGAAGCAACUGGAUCGCAUAUGACAUGGAACCAGUAUACAUCAGACACCCACCCGUUCCUGGAUCUCCAGUCUAUGGUACUGCUUGCCUUUGUUGAUGGCAAUAAUGACAUGGUAUCUCGCAGGAUCUUUUUUAAGAUCCUGUUUACCAUAAGUCUUGUCCUUAAGCUUUAUGAGGAAGCUAUCCGAAAGAAGUCCCCAUUCAAGUUACCUCGUUUGGAUGCCCUCUUGAACUAUCAGACCAGGAAAAAGUCUAAGAUUCCUGUAUUUCCAUUCACAAAAGUCGAUAUCCAGUUGCCAGAAAACAAUACCACGUCUGCUUAUAUCAACUUGCCUUCAGACCACGUCCGGUUUCUUGCUGCCAACCCCAAGAAAGCAAGAAACAUGUUUUCUCUCCCUGACCGCACUCCUAACCAGUCCAUUUGUCUACAACAAGGCGAAAAGUGA